GGCCAUGGGGGCCCGCGCCGCAGGCCCGGGGGGGGACGGCUACAACGAGGCACUGCUGCACAAGACAAUCCUGGUUGGAGACAGUGGCGUGGGGAAGACAUCACUGCUGGUCCAGUUUGACCAGGGCAAGUUCAUUCCUGGCUCCUUCUCUGCCACUGUGGGCAUUGGGUUUACGGUGAUGUUACUUGGAGACUCGGGCGUGGGGAAAACCUGCUUCCUGCUCCAGUUCAAAGACGGGGCCUUUCUCUCCGGGACGUUCAUUGCCACCGUGGGCAUAGAUUUCCGGAACAAAGUGGUGGCCGUGGAUGGUGUGAAGGUGAAGUUGCAGAUCUGGGAUACAGCAGGACAGGAGCGUUUCCGCAGCGUCACCCAUGCCUACUACCGGGAUGCCCAAGCCCUGCUCCUGCUCUACGAUAUCACCAGCAAGAUGUCCUUCGACAACAUCCGCGCCUGGCUGACGGAGAUCCAUGAGUAUGCCCAGAAGAACGUGGUCAUCAUGUUGCUGGGCAAUAAGGCUGAUGUGAGCAGCGAGAGAGCUGUGAGGACAGAGGAUGGAGCAUCACUGGCCAGGGAGUAUGGAGUGCCUUUCAUGGAGACAAGUGCCAAGACAGGCAUGAACGUGGAGCUGGCCUUCCUGGCCAUUGCCAAGGAGCUGAAGCAGCGUGCGGUGCAGCCACUGGAUGAGCCCCACUUCCAGAUCCACGAUUACAUCGAGUCACAGAAGAAGAAAACCAGCUGCUGUGCCUUCUCCUGAGGGUGGCCCAGAGGAGCUGGCAGGCCUGGGGGCCCAGGUGUGAAGCAGAGUUGGGCCCUAUCCUGCCCUCAAGCACCGGAGGGAACCAAGCUCUGACAAGCCAAGGUGGAUGGCACAGUACAGUGGAGCAGAGUGCAUGAGGAGGGCCCUUGUCCUGGUGCCAGGAUUCAGAUCCUGCUGCCCUGCAGAGCAAUGACCUCUGUGCCAUCGUGGGAAUCACUAUGGUGUGGUGACUGCCAGCCUGGCCAGCAUUCCAUGGUGAUCCAUCACUUCCACCACAUGAGCAGGGUGCAGGACACAGCCACACACCUCACUGAGGGAUCCUUGGUGCAGCUGGAGGAGAUGUGCCAUGGAUGAGCCUCCCUGCAGCCCCCAGUCCUGUCCUCCCUUGCAGCUAUUCCUGCUCACUGUGCUGCUGUUGUCCAACUGGAAGGGCCUGGUACAGCCCCCAUGUCCCUGGUGCUGUCAGGCUCUGGCUUCCCUCCAAGGAACUUCAGCUCUGUCCCCCCAGGCUGCCCCACACCCCAAUGCCCACGCUCAGCUGUGGCUCCUCAUUUCUGCGGUUGCUGCCAAUGGCUUUUAUCUUCCUGCCACCACAAAUGCAAUGAUGUCCCCAUUGUAUCCUGGCUCUGCUCGAGGGAAGGGCUGGGAUGGGGAAGGGUCCAGCCAAACCUGCUCCCUGCCCACACAGCUGGUGUGAGAAAUAAAAUUCCCCUGGGAGCAUCUGAGCAAUGCUUGGGGCACUUCUGGUACACACAGCAAUUUGGAAAAACUUUGCUUCCCCCAUGUUGUAGCCACAGAAAUUAGAGAAUUUUUUUUUUUUUUUAAAGAAAAGGCUUUUUCAUUUCAAUGCCUCCACACUGAACCAUCUCCAACCUCAAGCAGGAGAUGCCCAUGAUGGCAUCACCUGGGGCGAUGCUUCAGCCCUGCUACCUCCCAGGCCAGGCUGGGUUUCUCUCCUGUCACUGUCCAUAUAAUACAACUAUGCCUUCCUGCUGCUGGCAAAUAGCAGCUGGAACCCACUUUCAGGCAUCUUUCAGAUGCCUGAGAGCCUUCAGCCAGCAAACUGCUCUGUUGGGUGCUGGUGGGGCUCAGGGACAUCCCUGGUGCUCAGCCCAGCUCUGUUGCUCCCUUGAGCACACUGUCCACUGCUCUGAGCAGUCAGAUGGUGAAUAUUUGGUUGUGUAACUGAAGCAUUGAUGCAGAGAGCAGCUGUGGAGGGUAUGGCACUGCACAUAGGAGUCAGGGACUGUCCAGCACAUCUGUCCCCAUCAGCAUCUUCUCUGGCUCUGCACCUGACUGCUUGUGUCUCACCUGCCCUGGUGCCUCCUUCAUCUCUGCUCUGCUCCUGGGUCUCUCUUUGCAAGUUUACAGAUUAAAAGCUGAGUAUUUUUUGAGGCUUUG